AUGGUUUCUGCUGCCCAUCCAAAGGCAACUGAAGCUGGACUCGACAUACUCCGUCGAGGUGGAAAUGCAGUUGACGCAGCGAUUGCAGUACAAAUGGUACUAAAUCUGGUUGAACCGCAGAGCUCUGGAAUUGGCGGUGGUGGUUUCAUGCUGUUCUAUAAAGCCUCGACUCAAGAAGUCCUCUCUUACGAUGGACGAGAAACUGCGCCUGCGGAGGUGACCUCUGACCUGUUCCUGACACCGGAAGGCGAACCAAUGAAGUUUUUCGAUGCUGUUUUAGGUGGACGCUCUGUCGGCGUGCCAGGUACUGUGGCAAUGCUGGCUCAGGCCCACAAAGAACAUGGGGAAAUUCCUUGGGCGGAGUUGUUUGAACCAGCUAUCAAGCUCGCGCGGGAUGGAUUCACUGUCGGUCAUCGGCUCGCUUCGAUGCUUGCCGGCGAACGCGCAGACCGACUGAAGACGUUUGCUGAAACUAGAGAAUACUACUUUCCGAACGGCUCACCGCUUACAGCUGGAGAUAUUCGUACUAACUACGCUUUCGCAGAAACUUUAAUUGAGAUUGCACAACAUGGGCCUGAAGCAUUCUACAGAGGUGCAAUUGCUGAAGAUAUCGUUGAGACAAUUCGGCAUGCACCCUAUAGGAGUGGGUUACUUGCAUUAUCGGACCUUUCAGAAUAUCAAGCAAUCCGCCGACCGCCAAUUUGUCACCCAUAUCGAAUUUAUCGCAUAUGCGGAAUGGGGCCGCCAAGCUCGGGCGCAUUGACAGUCGGUCAGAUACUCGGGCUACUGGAAUACUAUGACCUGAAAUCUUUGGGUGCUAGCAAUCCAAUCAGUUGGCACCUCAUUGCGGAAGCAUCGAAACUUGCGUUUGCAGAUAGAAAUCGUUACUAUGGCCGACUCCGAUUUCGUCGAAGUUCCUACUGA